AUGGACAGCCAGUUCGUUGCGCGUGAACCAGCGAUAUUGACACUCCGGUCGACAGAUUCCCGAGACCACGCCUGUGAUCUCGUUGGACAGGUGGAACAAGUCCGAAGAGACGCGUUCCUGAUCAACGACACAUGGACUGACUCUACACCUCGACGACGUCUCGCAACUCUUGGCACUUCAGCACCCGCGCAUACAGCAAUAUGGAUUGGGCUGGGCAACUUUCAGCAUUGCCCACAGCUCACCAACGAGCCCAUUCGCAUCAAUCCGCUCGCACUCACGCUUCCUCGAUCUGCACCGCUGGUGAGCGACAAGCUCUACUCUGGCUUUGUCGAGCAUCUCGGUCGCGGCAUAUAUGGUGGCAUUGUCGAUGAUCCCAAGAAGCCGAGUCCUGAUACGAUUCUGGAGAAGCAAGACAAGGGAGAUGACCGCACCAAAGGUCGCCUGGCGUGGAGGAAGGAUGUCGUCAAGAUACUCGCCAAGGACGGAGAGCUCGAGAUGCCCAUCCUUCGCUGGCCAGGCGGCAACUUUGUCAGCAACUACCAUUGGCAGGAUGGAAUCGGACCCAUCUCGGAUCGUCCAAAACGCGUCGAGCUAGCUUGGCUAUCGACCGAGACGAAUCACUUUGGUACCGACGAGUUCAUCGACUACUGUCGAGAGCUCAAGGUGGAGCCCUACUUUUGUAUCAACAUGGGUACGGGCACGUACGAAGAGGCGCUUGCGUGGCUCGAGUAUUGCAACGGCACUGGCGAUACCCAUUGGGCCAACCUGCGCCGCAAGAACACGGGCCGAGACGAGCCACACAACGUCAAAUACUGGGGCCUUGGCAACGAGAUGCACGGCCCAUGGCAAGUGGGUUUCCUCAACGCAACCGACUACACCAAGAUGGCCAAGCGCUGGGCCCACGGCAUGAAGCUAGUCGAUCCAUCCAUCAAGCUGGUAUCUUGCGGAAACCAGGGCAACUCGGAAUGGGACCGUGAGGUGCUCAAUGGUCUGAUCGGCGUUGUGGACUUCCAUUCUAUCCACCUCUACUCGAUGCUCGGACACGAACACUACAGCACCGUGCAAGGCUUCGACUACGAGAAGAACGUCUUCGGACCAGCUGCAGCAGAGCGUGGAAUCGAGAUUUGUGCAUCACUCAUCGACCUCGCCAAGAUCGACAAAGCGCAGUCUCUGCUCGACUGGAAUAACCGCGAUCAAAAGGUGGCCGCCCGCGACAUCAAGAUCUGCUACGACGAAUGGAACGUAUGGGACGAAGUCAAGGCGCCAGGCUCUCAGGGGCUCGAGCAGGCCUACGACUAUACCGACAUGCUCGGCGUCGUUGCUUGGCUCAACGUCUUGGUACGCAAGUCAAAAGAUGUCGGCAUCGCCUGCAUCGCACAGAGCGUCAACGUCAUUUCGCCGCUCAUGACGAGUUCGGAAGGCCUGCUGUUCCAAACCACCUACUGGCCGCUGCGUCUGUUCUCUCGGUACAUGAAGAACGGACGUCUGCUGAAUCUUGGCUUCACGCCAGACUCCUACGAGGGACCUACCUACCCCGAAUGGAUCCAGCACAUCACCAAGCCAGCCUAUAUCGACUGCGUCGGGAUGAUCAUUCAAGAGCCAGGCUCGAAUCACGUCAGUAUCAGACUGAGUGUACUCAAUCGACAUCCCACCGCCGAUUGGAAUGGUGCGAUCGUAUUUGACGGCCUCAAUCUCGAAAGUGUUGAGGAGCACGUUCUCUAUCACGACGACCUUGCAGCGAAAAACACUUUCGAAAAGCCUGACGAGGUGGUACCCAAAGUGAGCAAGUAUCAGGGCAGGGACUGGCUCAGUCAAGGCUCACGACCCGUUCGAAAGCAUUCGUGGACUUUCCUCAUCUUUGGGGGAGAACUCAAUGGGGAGAAGUAA